AUGGACUUACCAAACCCUCAACAGCUCCGUACAAUCCAAGAAACUGUGAUCGGAAAGCUACUAAAAGGAAAAGAAUCCGCAACCCAACUUGUAGCCUUACUCAAAAAGCCCAGAAGCUCUGGAGAUCGUGGUGGGUCGGUCUCGGCUGAGGAACUUGCCCUCCAAAUCUUUAGAUCUUUUUCUGAGAGUAUUUCUGCCUUUAGCUCUCUUGAGGGUAAGGGUAAUGGGAUAUGCCAGAUCGUGGCCGCCGACGGCGUCGUUAGGGUGUCUCCAAACGUUGCACAGUCUUCGAUUAUUGUCUCCUCUACUGUGGAAGAUGGACAUGCAUGGAGAAAAUAUGGACAAAAGGAAAUCCUCAACACAACAUAUCCAAGGUGCUACUUUAGGUGCACCCACAAGCAUGAUCAAGGCUGCAAGGCAACCAAGCAAGUCCAGAGGAUCAAAGAGGAGCCCGUCAUGUACCAAACCACAUAUUUUGGGCAUCAUACUUGCAGUGAUACCCUGAUGAGGGCUCCACAAAUCAUCUCAGACACAGAUCCCAUGGACUCUUGUCUGCUUAGUUUCGAAACAAAGGCCCCAAUCAAGCAAAAUCUUCUUUAUCCUAAUCGGGUGAUGACCACCGCCACAGCCACAGGGAAUCAAGAAUUCAAAGAUGAGACGCAGAGUGAUGUCUCCGACAACAAAUCAUGCCUGGAUUCUUCUACCAUGUUGCAGAAUCCAACGACUAAUUCAGAGACAUCUGGACGGAGAUCCUCCAACGUUAAUGGAGCUUAUCACGAAGAAGUGGUCUCUGGCAUGCACUCAUGCUCAUCAACUCCUUUGCAAGGGCUGGAUAUGGAGGAUUUCAGUACUAAAUUUGAUGAUCUAGACGAUCAUCUUUUAUUUGACGACAUGGCCGGGCUCUUGCCUGCCCUUUCCUAAACUCUUGGCCUGUAUCCAUAUAACUUCACUGUCUUCCAACUCCAGAAGCUGUUCGGACAAGUGAUUGAAAUUCAGCUGCUCUCGCCUGCCCGGAACUAAAGGGAACUGCUUUCUCUCUAAUUCAAGUCCUUGUGCUUCACUAAACAUGGUGUCCACUGGUUAAUUUGUCAUUACUGUAAAAGGUAUAGCUGUAGAUGUAAAUGUCUGUGUGGUGGGGUGGGAGCUACCGUUUGUUCUUUUUCUUUAUCGAGGUGUGAUUAAUGUAACUAUCGAUAAUAUGUACGACGCUAAUACCUUUUACUGCUAUAAUUUAAUAACCCAGUUAGAUGUGUAAGACAA